AAGACCGCGUGGAUUUUCUCCGAGAUCUUCGGUUUCCUCCAACACUCCAAAGACGUACAGAGCAGCAAGUGAAUUACAGCCAGUCCUGGAGCAGAGCCUUUACAAAGCCAGUCCACGGGCAGAUGUGAGCCAUUGAAUUGCAGGUCGGAGCAGGAGCAGCAGCUUGGAGCAGCAAGCCCGUGAUUAAUUGCAGCAAGUGAACUUCAGGACUUCCUUACGAGGCCAGAAUCGUUGGAAGAAGAUGAGUGUCCCUGUGGUUGACUUUGGCUCAUUUGCCUUGGGUCAAGCUGUACCUUCAGCCCAUGAAAUGAAACGAUUAUCCACGGAGAUCGGACGGGCAUUCAGUGAACUUGGAUUUGUGUACCUCAAAAACCCCGGCAUCAAAGAUGAGCAAGUGUUUAGAGCGAUGGACAUCUGCAGGAAGUUCUUUCUACUCCCCAAGGACAUUAAACAGCAAUAUGCUCGUUCCGUGGUCUCAGAUGUUCCAUACCAUGGCUGGUUUGAUUUUCAGACUGAGAGUUUAGAUCCAACACUGGCUUGUGAUCUGAAAGAAGUCUUUAAUUACUCAACAUUUUCUUCAAGUGACGUACACCCUGUGAAAGAGCUACCUGAGUUUACAAGCUGUAUUGAGUCAUUCUUCAGAACAUUUCAGGAGUUGUCCAUGCAUGUUAUGAAGGUCAUUGAACUGAGUCUGGGGAUUGAGACUGAUUUCUUUGUCAGCAAGCACCAAAGGAUGGGCAGUCUUUUAAAUCCGUCAGCCCUCAGAGCUGCCUACUACCCACCAGUAGAAAAAUCUUCUUUGAUGGAAAACCAAACCCGAUGUGGGGAACAUUCUGACUACGGGACGUUCACUUUACUCUUUCAGGACAAGAAUGGAGGACUGGAGGUAAUGCCCAGGUCUGGUCAAUACAUCGACGCUCCCUACAUUCCAAAUGCGGUUCUUCUCAACGGAGCCAAUCUUCUGCAGAGGUGGACAUCUGACAGAUGGAUUGCCGCAGUGAGUGAGGCAUCAAUCAUUUGGAUAAAAGCAUUAGAAAAUUACAAUAAUUUUAGCAAGACUUUUCAUAAAUUAUAAAUAGACACGCAGAGU